AUGAGCGACGACAGACCGACCCUCAGCGGCAUCGCCCACGUUGUUUCCGACAAGCUCCACGAAUGGACGGGCACCACCCACGAGGAUCGGGCCCGGAAUGAGGCCGGCCAGGCCUGGGAGCACGCCAAGGAAAGUGCACGGGAAAUGGGCGAGAGCAUGAAGCACACGGCCGGGCAUAAGCUUUAUGAAGCGGGCAACGCCUUGAAGCCACACCGUCCCCCGGUCCGCCAGGAUGAUACCCUCGACAAGCUGAGGGACCAGAACGUUCCGAUUGAUGAUUUC